GGCUUUGCUCUGAUGAUGCAAGCAGUAAGGACCUUCGAAAAGUCAUUUUCUACCAGCCUACACAAUGUCUCAAAAGACAAUAAUCAGAUUUGUAAAAUGCUUUGCUGUGUUUGCGAAUUUUUGGAGGUGUUGGUUACGUUGGAUGGUAGUUACCAUCGUUACUGAAUGAGCUCUCGGCACUGGAUGCUGAGUUGGAUUAUUACCAACUGUUAUCACCGGACCGCAUGUAUAAUGUAGUUGCCCGCUAACAUUAAUUUACCUAUCGUUAUGUUGGUGAACCUGUCAAUAGUGAGCAUUGAGAUGAGCCUCAGGUGAAUUUUCCAACAUAUUCCAUUCGUGAGGGCUAUAUUUGUUGUUAGUAUUGUAGUGUUGGUAUUACACUUUGAGGAGUAUGUUUUGCUAGUGGGUGUGUUUACUUCAUGGAAUUAUAAAAUAUGUCCUGCUGUAAUAGUGACUCCGAUACUGCUGCUAGAAACGAAGGGAAUACAACUCGGGGUUGUACUGACAUAUUAUGGCUGUGCAUCUUUAUUUUGUUUUGGUUUGUUAUGAUUUAUAUUGCAGCUUUUGCUUAUGUGUAUGGAGACCCUUUAAAACUUAUCAAUGGUUAUGACAGUUUUGGUAAUACUUGCGGUGUUCCAAACAACGAGAAGAUGGGUGGUCUCGAAUUAUCAGGACUUGAUACCAGUGAUAAACGGUACUUAUUUUAUAUGGAUGUUAAAGAUAUUCAAAACUCACUGAAGAUUUGUGUUAAACAGUGUCCUGAUCAUAAUUUGGUAAAUUUUGCAAAUGUUCAGGAAUUUUAUGAGAGAACUGGGUCACUUCUGUGCACUUAUGGCUUUAACUUGAAUAGUCAAGAAUGGCAGCAGAACAGUAAAAGUGCAGUACUUCAGACAAAGUUCGGACCUUGUCCGCCCACACCAAUUUAUGACAGUGUUCCAGUGCUGAAUCGAUGCGUACCUCGACCAGUAAAGGAAUUGGUCUUUUCCGUGCUGAAUAAUUGGGAUACAGUCGAACAAGUGCUGGGUGACUUGUAUGCGACAUGGAGAGAAAUAUUGGGACUCACAUUCCUUGCAUUUGUUUUGUCUAUAAUAGUAAUUGCCGUUCUUCAUCUACUUGCAUCUUUUGUGGCGUGGAUAUUCAUGAUAAUUGUCAGCAUCACAGCAGUUGUUGGCACAGGAGUGUUGUGGUGGACAUACGCAGAUUUAAAGCGUCAGUUGGACAGUACACCAGAAAGCCAAAUGCUGAGGGAGUCGGUUAAGAACGAGAGUGCCUUCCUGGUCUAUUCUAUUGUGGCGACGAUCAUCACGAUUAUAAUCCUGUUGCUGGUGAUAGCUGUGCGUAAGAGUAUCAGCUCGAUGGCUCGUGUGUUUGAAGAGUCUGCACAGUGUCUGGCAGCAUUGCCAGCUCUUUUCCUUCAACCGUUCAUAACAUUUAUAGCGCUCAUGGUUUUUUUUGCCUUCUGGGUAUCUGUGAUUAUCUGUUUGGCAACUUCAAAUUACCCCGGAUCAGAGUUCUUACAUCCUUUAGUGGAUCCGUCACUUAUUCCAGACAUCAGCCAUUCGCAGUCCGCAUCUUCAGCAUUCAAAUUGUCUGUCUCAUUGAGUAACAUCUCUCUGUCUGGACUCAAACGAUUCACAUUCUUUGAGAUGGAACCGUCGUGGGUUCGGUACAUGUGGUGGCUCUACCUGAUCGGUUUGGUGUGGACUUCAGAGUUUAUCCUGUCCUGCCAACAGAUGGUGAUAGCUGGGGCAGUAGCUCAUUGGAUGUUUGCCAAUCGAAACAAGGAAAGCGGUUCUGUGAUGUCUUCAGUGGGUAAGCUGAUAUGCUAUCACUUGGGUUCCGUGGCUAAGGGCUCGUUCCUUAUUACGAUCUUCAAACUUCCAAGGCUGGUACUAAGCUACAUAGACAGAAAACUGAGGAAACACAAGGCUGCAGGUUCGGAGUGCGCUUCGUGCGGCUUGAGAACGUGCAUUUGCUGCUUGUACUGCCUGGAGAAUUUUAUUAAAUUCAUUAACCACAAUGCAUAUACUGUAAUAGCAAUGGAGGGGUACAGUUUCUGCACGUCUGCCAAGAUUGCAUUUAAUACUUUGGUCAGUAAUGCGCUGGAUUUGGCAGUUUUGAACAGUGUCGGCGACUUCAUCUUGUUUUUGGGAAAGUGUUUCGUUACGGCAGCCACUGGCUCUAUUGGAUUGGUUAUUAUGAAACAAAACCCUCAUUUGCAUUUUUAUGCAGUUCCGACCCUCAUUGUGUGUAUAUUUGCGUACUUCAUAGCGCAUUCGGUGCUUACGCUGUAUGAGAUUGUGAUAGACACUAUGUUCCUAUGCAUGUGCGAAGGAAAAAAGCUGUAUGGCAAUGAAUGGGGUGAACCGUCUGGCAAAAUGAAAGAAACAAAUGGCGAUAGUAGCAACGAAUUGGAGCCUAUGAAUAGUAUGAGAUAAGUUAUCAUUCUGGAAUGCUGUCGUAAUUAUUUUAUGAUAGACGGUUACAAUUUUACAUCCUAGGGAAUGAAUUCUGUGAUAUAGAUGGCAGUUGCGUUGAUACUGAGGUGAUAUAAAUUUUAUGGUUGGUGCUGCUUUUGGUAAAGUGAGGUAAGUAACUUUCAAACGGGAACAUCCGUCACGCCGUGCAUCACUUAAUUGCCUUCAAGAAUUUCAUGUGUUUUAUGUACUGACACGUCUUACACUCUUCUUCCUGCAUUUAUUAUUAUUUCCAAUUAUUCCUUUAGAUUUCAUACCUUCACAUUUAACCUUUAUCAUAUAGGAAUAUGGAUUUUAAACAGGGCUGCCAGGCAGAGUUACUAGUUUAGCAGUACGCACGCUACUGUGACAUGGCCGACCAGACCACACACGUUACGACGCAGCUGGUAAAGUUUAUUGAAGUAUUCUUCAGAUUUGAACUCGUGAUAAUAUAUCGGGGCUUGCAUCACAGCGGUUUGGCGUGUCUUGUAGAAGGAACUGUCAUUUACAAUUUACUUACCAAUAUAACAAAAUGAAAAGCCCUACAUAGAAUUCUGUAGCUAAGUGAUACAUUUUUAUUCCUUAAGUUGUAUCGGCCAUGUUUCACACCUUACACGUGGUAUGUAGGUUUGAUCGUCAGUGGUGGUAUCCUAAUGUUACGCAUGUGGCUGUGUGUCAUGUUAAGAUACCGCUACUGUUAAACCUCUCCGAGAGUUAUUCUUUAGUUUGUAGCCCCUUAGCACAUACCUUAUUCCUGUGUGAUAAAGAUUAGUAAAUUCUUCCCCGUCUAAAAACAGCCAGAAUAUAUUUAAGACUGAACUUUUAUAUCAUCUUCAACUUCUAAUGAAUUUUUAAUUCCUGUAUUAUAUUUACAAAUAUUACUGUAUAUUAUUAAUCUAGCACUUGAUUGGAAGUAGUGCAUGGAAUAAUAUCUUUUUUUCAACCAGGUAACAGGCAACAUUUUCAGUGCCUUAUAUGAAUUUUAUUGCAGUAGCUUAUAAAAGGUGUUAGUGUGCGUUUCAUUGCAUGGGCUGCUUAGUGUUGCAGUGAGCAGUUCUGAAACUGCGAUGCGUCAAAAUACACCCGCUAAGUACCUGUAGUGAUUUUUUUUAUAAAUAUUUGAUUUGUCAUAUUUAACUUUGAUUCACAUAAAGUGCAGACAUGUUAGUGUAUAUAAUGUUAUUUUAUAUUCUGCCUAUUAUUGUUUUAAUAUUAGUAUUUGGAGUGUGAGAUGGGGAUUUGAUGUAUGGAAUUGAAUGGAGUUAGAAUUAUAAACUGAAGCAGAAAUGUCCUGUGCUGUUUCGUGCUUGAAUGUCGUGACUUUCUACAAAGAAAUAUAUGAAAUUUUAUACAAAACAUUUUUCCACUCCAGCCAUUGAAUUGUACAUUUCAAAUUAUAUAUUUUUUUAGAUUUAUAUUUUAAAUUUUUGUCUUCAGAGGAAGAUCCAUAAGUUAGCUGUUAUUUGAACUAUUUUUUGUGAAAUGUUUUUUAUUGUUGUUACUAAUACAAAAGAAUAAUAUAGUAUUACAAAUGUUUGUGAAUUUGUGAACUGUCUUGUGGGGUAUGCUGUAAGCUUCAGUGUAAGGCAGAAUCAGUCCUGAUGUAGGGAGCAGUCUGCUUUAAAUGAUCUCAUUUUGUCUACUUUUGUAAAAUAUUUUAUUCUGACUUUUUAGUUAUCAGUUUAGAUGCAUCAAGCUUUGAAUAUACUGAAAUAAGCUGCAGUUGGAGUUUGGAGUAAUACACUAAUAGGUACUUGUUUAUACGUCAGUCUUGUAUUUGUUAUGAUGUAAACUGGCAUCUGAUACAUAAUCACCCAGCUGUAAUUCAACCAUUCCAGUUGCAUGCAUUAUGCAUUUUGUUAUUGUGCCAUCAUGUAAUUCAUAUAAUACCAGGGUGUUUAUCACAACUGUACAGUGCUGGUUAUGAUUAAAUAAAAUUAGGGGUUAAAAAUAUUACAUAUCUCCAUCUAGGUUUACUGUGUAGCUGUGCAGAAAAUUUUGCUUAAGGUGAGUAGAAAAUAUUUAAACAGGUAGACAUACAAAUUUUUAAUAAUGUAUUAAGUGCAGCUGAAUGUAAAAUAGCUUGGACAUGACAGAGAAAUGUAAAUUUGCACAGAUUAAUAGAGUACCAGUAAAAAUUUUGGUUCUUGCAUAAA